AGAUGGAAGGGAGUUCCAUGCAAUAAUGUCUCUAUAUAAUACUGUACGCUUUCUUGAAUUUGUUCUGUGAAAAGACCCCCAGUGGCAUGUCUUGUGACUAUGUAAACAAUUUGGAAUUUUCAGCACAUUAAUGUUUCUUAUAAAAAUAUGUGAUGCAUAGUAUUUAUAUUAGCCCUGAUUACAAUGAAAAGCAAGAUGUGCCGCUAUGUUCUGGGCCAGCUGCAGCUUAACUAGGUCUUUCUUUGCAGCACUUGACCACAUGACUGGACAAUAAUCAAGAUAAUCAACAAAAGAUCCUGCAGGAGUUGCUUUUUUUAGUGUGGUGUCAAAGAAAGCAGAGCAUCUCUUUACUAUGGACAGACCUCUCCCCAUCUUUACAACCAUUGAAUCUAUCCGUUUUGACCAUGACAGUUUUCAAUCCAAGGUAACACCACGUAAUUAAUUACCAGAUUCAGCUGAGGUCUAAAGUUUAGGGAUUGAUUUGUAGGGGGGUGUAUCUUAAUGCAUUUUAAUUCCAGGCUUUAAGGCAAUAAAACAUUUGAAAGGGUGUGUAGAAUUUCUGUUGUCACUGUAAAAUGAGGGGGUUGUGUUUGCAAGUUUCAUAAACAUAUUUUUUAUGUAUAUUUUUAUCAGCUGAGGACUUCCUUGUUGCCAUUCAGCAUGUCGUCGGAGAUAAGAGCAAUUGCAGAAGCGCUUUCUUUCAUCAAAGAACGGGUGCGGUUUCCUUGGGCUUGUUGAUGUCAAAUUGUGGAUUAAGGAGGUACUUUGAUACGUUUAAAAACGUACCGCUUUUUUCUUAGCUAGCUAGCUAACCGGCAAGCUAACUUGCACUUCUCACAAUCUGUUCUAAAUACCGGACUGUAGUGGCUAAAUCAAUCCAUUGGAGCUAAUCCUCCUUUUAGCUAGCAACAGAUAACGUUUGAGUAUCCUGAAAUGAUGUAUGCAGUUUUGGGCUACGUUUUUCGACAUCAACAUACUUGAUAAUCGAGUAUGUCAAAAAAAGCCUGCGGGACUAUAAUGAUUGAGCGUCAGUAAAGUUGCAGUUUCUCCGUUUUUUUUUGUCAGAAACGUCGCAAUGAAUUUUGUCUUGACUCAUUUGUAGAAUUUUGCAGCUGUGCCCUCUUCUGCCGUUGCUAACAUUCUAUCCAUGAGUACCUCGGACAGUGAAGGGGACACCUACAAAGAGAGGACAGGCUCAGGUUGCAUCCGAGAUACCGUCUGUGCCAUUUUACCAACAAGACCCCGACCAAACCCAGCCUGCAGACAUGGAGCCCAGGCAGCGCCUAAUGGCCCCAGAGCCUGCAGCUGAACCCCCCCCCAGCCUGAACAGGAGUGCCACGGAGCAGGAGCACAUAGACCUGGAAGAAGACGAGGAGCUCACACUCAAGUACGGCGCCAAGCAUGUCAUCAUGGUGUUCGUCCCCGUCACCCUUUGCAUGGUGGUCGUAGCCACCAUAAAGUCGGUCAGGUUCCACACUGAGAAGAACUUAGUGGUCAUGCUCUACAAGUACCGCUGCUACAAGUUCAUUCACGGAUGGCUCAUCCUGUCCAAGCUGAUGCUGCUCUUCUGGUUCAGCUUCAUGUACCUGGGGGAGGUAUUUAAAACCUACAACAUGGCCAUGGAUUACCCCACAGUAGCCAUCAUCAUCUGUAACUUUGGGGCGGUGGGAAUAAUCUGCAUACACUGGAAGAGGCCCCUGCAGCUGCAGCAGGCCUACCUCAUCGCCAUCUCAGCCCUCUUGGCCCUGGUGUUCAUCAAGUACCUGCCCGAGUGGUCCGCCUGGGUCAUCCUGGGAGCCAUCUCUGUCUACGAUUUGGUUGCAGUCUUGUGCCCCAAAGGUCCUCUAAGGAUGCUUGUGGAGACAGCACAGGAGCGUAAAGAGCCCACCUUCCCUGCACUCAUAUAUUCAUGGACAGUGCACAUUGAUCAACGUUUCAGUAAAAGUGCCGGUUUUAGCCAGCCGGCUAAUUUUCAACCGCAGUCCCUGGGCAGGUUAUUAAAAACAUGUUCAUGGUAAGCAGACCCAUGGUAAAUUAGAAAGGCAGUUUCUGCAGAAGCUUUGGAAUGGGUGUUGAUUGCUAGCCUAUUUAGUGUGGUGGCUAAGCUGAAAUUGCCCUAAGAGCUGUGUUUAAGCACAAUGUGGCCCAUUUUGUGGAUUUGAAAUGUUCUUUUAAUGACCCCUUCUGUGUCUCACAGGGACUCUGCCUCACUCUUCUGCUGCUGGGCAUAUACAAGAAGGAUAUUGGGGGGGGCCAUCACCUUCGGCCUGGUCUUCUACUUCUCUACAGAUAACCUGGUCCGCCCCUUUAUGGACAACCUUGCUGCCUAAUCAGUUCUACAUCUGACUUCCCCUCUGGGGGUCAAUAGAAUGCACAACCCCCCCCCACGCUUGUAAUGUUUUACACCAAUGAUAGUCUGAGCAAGUAUUUGAUUGGGGGGCUAUAAUGCCUUUUAAUCAAAUGUUGUAUAUUUUGCUAACGGGUCACCACAAGUGAGGGUGAAAUGCAUCAAGGAUUGUUUCAUGGGGUCUUCAAUGUGGCAGGUGUAUCUGUCUGUGAUUUUCCAGAUAUAGGAUGGUGUCAAUUUGUUUCUUCUCAUUAGAUAGGUCAAUUUUGAUAAGAUGCAGGUCAGAAAAACAGGACAUUGUGAAUGAUCAGGAGAAAUCACAUUUGUAUUACGCACUAUAGAUCAUUUGGAAUUAGGCAUUUAUGUCCCACUCAACCAACUUUGGGUUCUUUUGAGGAUAACUUGGCACUUCAAUAGUUCAAGUGAAGUGGUAACUUGAACAGUCAAGACAUGCUGCAGUGAUCCAUUCAAGUCAAAUCUCUGCUCAAGGCUACUGGUUUUUAAAGGGGCAGUGCAGUCCAAAACUUGAUUUAAUUAUAUUUUCCCACCAAGGUCAAAAAUAACUCUGAAAUUGGGAAAAUUAUAAUUUCCUCUUAGUUUACUCCUGGAAUUUGCCUGUUCAGGUGGGAUGUAGUUUUUGGGCCCCCACAGCAUGACAUCACAAUCCGAUCGGAUUAUUCUGACCAAUAACCUGUUCACAAAAAUGGUUAGCUCCUACAGACAGUGAAUCUGUCUGUCUGGGGCUUGCUAUAUAAAGCAGGCAUUGAGGUCAGAGUGUAUUUGGUGUUAUUUUCAUGAAAUAAAGUUUUUUUUUACACUGAUUUUAAUGUCUUGAAAGCAGAAAGUCUGUCUUCACUUCUAACCCCCAUUCCCCUUCUGUAAAUAAGCAAGACAAUCAAGCAGAUUCAAAUGAAAGUUCUGUUUGAGGCACUCUAUUCGUCAACAAUUGAUUUAAUCUUGUAUGACUUGUAGGAAAUUAUUUAACUUUACAUUUUCUAAUAGUUUGUUUGAAACCAAAUGGAAGUCAAAUCAUACAAUCUCUAUUUUGAUAAUUGCUGCUAUGUAUGGUGUAGGAUUGGGGGAGAGGCUGAUGCUAGAUCUGUACCUAGGGGAAACAUCCCGGAGAGCCCGAAAACAGAAACUAAACAUGAAGCAUGAUGGUCCUAACUAGCCUGAAAUCCAAACUGAUAUUCUCUGUUCAUCAGUUUGUAUUGCAGUCUAGGUUCUAAAUGCUCACUGAAGACCAAAACUUGCCGGUAGCUUAAAGCUAAAAUACUGGUAUGCUGUUUGAAUGCAACGAGAGUGUGUAGUCUUUAUAUUGAAGAUAUAUUUUAUAGAAUGUAAUGCUGUAACAUUUUAUAUUAAUACACUUAAAUGAAGUUUGA